CUUUUUAUGUUCAUGGAAGAUACAAGAGCUAGAAUUGAAUUUUAAUUUCUUAAAAAAAUAUACUUUUGACCAUCUCUACGAAAACUUCAACGUGUAAAAGUAAAUAUAGAAGUAGCCACCUUGUUUUGUGUGUGCUUGAUCUGGAAUUGCCUGAAAGGGGGAAGAAAAAUUAAAAUAAUCUUGGAAUCUAAUUUUACAACUGGGUCUUGACACCUACAACUUAACUAAAACGCCAAGUAGUUCCAACUUCCAAGGAAUAUUCUCAUCUUCUACCAUCUGGGUAAUUCAACUUCAGCAACCUAAGGAGGGGUUCACGUUGAAUGCUGUUUAUUUGUGAACGAGAAGCAAUUGAUGUAAUUUGGAGCUGGAUUUUUAUGGUGCACGAGGGUAGCAUCAGAAUUGGGAGAGUUAAUAUGGUAAUUGGGCAGUGACGUUGGUUCAGUAAUUUUAGCACGAUGGGUCAAGAAUUGUCGUCAAUAUUUCAGUAUGAGAAAAAGAGAUUAUUAUGGCUUAUUGGCAUAACCUUUGCAAUGAUUUUAGCAUUCCAUUAUUUCGAGCUUCCUUAUGUUGAGGUUCAACCCCUUGUAUUCUCUGACAACAAGAUACCAACAUCAGAUAGUAUUAGAUUCCGAGCUGCAAAUCUGCCUUCUGAGUCUGAAAUGUUUAACAAUAUGACAACUUUGAAGCAAGAAAAUUCUACUGGUCAAAAUGCCUUUGAGAUUGUUCAUGAAACUAGGACUUCUGAGGAAAAGGACAGUGCUUCAAGAACUGGUCUCAUCUCAGAACCAGGAAGGGAAUCAAACAGAUCUUCAGGAAUUGAUGCAACUGAUGACAGUUCAACUUUGGUAUCAAAUAAUGGUUCUGUAAUAGAGAAGGCAGGAAAUCUAUCCCUGAGCACUUACAACGAUACUAUUUCUCAUUCAAUAAUACCAACUUAUUUAGCUCCACCUCUAAGUCCAACAAAACUGAGCCCAAAUAUUACACCUCCAAUGUUAUCACAUGAUUAUGAGGAAACUGAUUCUGAGGUGGAUGAGACGUUGAGGACAUUACAAGAUGAUGUCAAUAUACUAGACAAUGAUUCUUCUAUCAACAGUGUGCCUAAGGGGACUAAAGAUUCUCAAAUACCAGUUCCGAAAGUAACAACAAUCUCUGAAAUGAACGAGUUAUUGCUUCAGAACCGUGCCUCAUAUAGUUCUAUGAGGCCAAGGUGGUCUUCUGCUGUUGAUCAAGAGCUACUGAAGGCCAGAUUAGAGAUUGAAAAUGCACCAAUUAUAAAUGAUGUUGCAAAUCUUUAUGCUCCUCUUUUUCGAAACAUUUCCAGGUUCAAGAGGAGCUAUGAAUUAAUGGAAAGAACUCUUAAAGUGUACGUGUAUAGAGAAGGAUCUAAGCCCAUAAUGCAUUCACCAUAUCUUUUGGGAAUUUAUGCUUCUGAGGGAUGGUUCAUGAAGCAGAUGGAAGGUAGUAAACAAUUUGUGACUAAAGACCCAAAGAAGGCCCACCUAUUUUACUUACCUUUCAGUUCUCGGAUGCUAGAGGAAACAUUGUACGUACAAAAUUCACAUAGUUCUAGGAACCUGAUUCAGUAUCUGAAGAAUUAUGUAGACAUGAUUGCUGGGAAGCAUCAUUUCUGGAACAGAACAGGAGGUUCUGAUCAUUUUCUUGUUGCUUGCCAUGACUGGGCCCCUACAGAAACAAAGCGACACAUGGCCAAGUGCUUAAGAGCCCUAUGCAAUGCUGAUGUCAAAGAAGGUUUUGUCUUGGGGAAGGACGUGUCUCUUCCUGAAACCUUUGUCCGCAGUGCUCAGAGGCCUACUAGAAACAUUGGUGGAAACAAAGUUUCAAAGAGGAAAACUCUGGCAUUUUUCGCAGGGGGAAUGCAUGGUUAUGUUAGGCCAAUCUUGUUGCAGCACUGGGAAAAUAAAGACCCUGACAUGAAAAUCUUUGGGACACUGCCAAGGUCUAAGGGAAACAGGAACUACAUCCAGUACAUGAAGAGCAGCAAGUACUGUAUUUGUGCAAAGGGCUAUGAGGUGAAUAGUCCAAGAGUUGUGGAGGCCAUCUUCUAUGAGUGUGUGCCUGUUAUUAUAUCAGAUAACUUUGUGCCUCCAUUUUUUGAGGUUUUGAACUGGGAAUCCUUUGCUGUUUUUGUUUUGGAGAAGGAUAUUCCAAAUCUGAAGAACAUACUCAUUUCCAUACCGCAAAAGAGGUAUCUUGAAAUGCAGAUGAUGGUGAAAAGGGUGCAGCAGCAUUUCCUUUGGCACAGGAGCCCUGUUAAGUAUGAUAUAUUCCACAUGAUACUUCAUUCUAUUUGGUACAACAGAGUCUACACUGCAAGAGCUAGAUAGAUUAUUUUGGAAACUUGGCUAAAGUAGAUUGGAAAAAGCUUUUCUUUAGGGAAAAAACAUUCUUUGGAGGACAGACAUGGAGAAUAAGAUCGAAGAUGGUAAUUAGUACGGUCAUUUUAUGUUUUAUAGAGAUUUUGGUGUAAUUAAAUUUGUAUAUAGUUAUUCUCACGUUGUUUUGAGUCACUCGGUAGUCCUUGUAACGUAUCCUAUGCUCCUGUAAUUGGUUUGGCUAAAAGAAAUAGUUUUUUUU